ACAUUGGCAAGUGAUCGUUUGUUCACUUAUUCGUUCGCAAUGCAGUGGAAUGCGGAAGUUUGCUCGUUCGUUCGUUCAUUCGUUCGUUUUUUUUUUUUUGUUAGUUCAAAAAACAGACGAGAUGAAGGCAAAAAAUCUUAAUCAUGCCAAGACUAAGUGCAGCUGAAUCUCACGAAUACAAUGUAACCGAGAGAGAAAGUCACCGUGUUGAUUGAUGAAAACGCAACAUAAUUUAUAAUUAUUUUACUUUGUCUGUAACAAUGUUUGUAAUGAAACGUAAAUUUUUAACGGAUGCUUUUUCAUUGUCAUCAAGAGAAAGUCAAUCUCUUUCCUGUAUUAAAGAAAAAAAGCAAGAAAAAAUUUAUUUAGCUCUUAUAAGUGGAUUUUUUGCAACUACUGGAAGUAUAUUGGGUAAACUUUCUAGCAAUAUAGAAAUAAAUUCCAUAUUUGAAUUGCUACUUAAAGGAAUACUUUUACUAUUGAUGAUAACAAGCAACACUAUGGGAUGCACCUUUUUCGUAAAAGCACUUAAUAUCAGCAAAUCUUCUCUAUCAUGUACAAUAACCAGCGCCACCACUAGUUACGUUUGUUCGGCUUUUGCGGGUUUCUUAAUUUUUAAUGAACACAUAUCGUUAAAUUGGUGGUGUGGUAUAUCUUUCAUUAUUCUGGGUUUAUUUUUUGUUAAUUAUACUCCAGUUAUAAAUGAUUCUGUACCAUCGUUAAAAUCGAAAAAUGAAUAAUUUUGA